AGCUUGAAGGCAUUUCGGACGGUCUGUGUUCUGUUCCUUGUAGGUGUUAUUGUAUAGGCUAACUUGGAAUACAGGUAUCCCCUCUCUACCUCGUGUUCUUGAUGCAUUGAGCACCAUCAUGUGGCCUUCUAUGCAAGCGAGUCGGCAGGGUAAUGAUGCGUUCUUCGACUGGGCGCAGUCAUCAUUUGAUACACAGCCUGGUCCACUCCCAGCUCUAGCCAGCAAAGUAGUUCAUCGAUCGAGACUUCACAAGGAGAUGGACGAACUUGCGAAAUGGCUUCAGGAUGGCGAAGAACCCGCGGAAGACGACCCCUGGAAACUUUCAGGCCGCAUCACGUCACCUACACAGAUCGACGACGAAGUAUGGGGGCCUAGAGAAAAUUCUACUGCUCAAAAGGGUGCAGUAGAUGCGUUUGAUGAUGAUUUCUCUGUGUUUGUGUCUGCUCCUGCGGAAACAGAAUCUGUGGAGACUCGGCGGUUGUACACAAUUGAAACAAACACCAAGGUGUCGUUCGACACGUCCUUUGACUCGUCUUUCGAUUUUGACCGACUCGGUCCAUCACCAAUGGGUGUGACGUAUCAUGCAUUGGGCAGUGGGUCCGACUUGGGCGACCCCCAAGAGUCAGGGGUUCCACAUCCUGAUACCCCAGAGAGCGACGAUGACAACGAAGACGGCGAAGGCGAAGAAGACUUGCCCUCCCAAGACGAAAUCAGGGAGAGCGCUCAACGCAUUUUUGGCGCCCAGGGAACGUCAAGCUCUGACGAUGGCUUUGAGGGCGAUGAUUUCGAACUUGCGCCGUUUGAUAUCGGCCAGGUAAUGAGCGCUCUCCAAGGAAUGAAAGCUGAGAUAGCAGACAUAGAGGACGAAAGUGAGAGGCGGAAAGCUGCGGCUAGAAUAGCGCUCGGUUUGGUUUAUGGGUUGGAGAGAGAUGCAAAGAUGGAAGAAGAUUUUGGUCUUAAUCCCGAGGUGAAAGAGUAGU